AUUCGAGUGUGUAGUCGCAAAUCUGAGCUUGAGAAAGUGAGCGUUGGGUGAAAGUAAGAAACUGCCGAACGCGUCCAUCGGAUUAUCAUCGUGCUUUGUGUCCCAUCUGCCGCUUGUUUCAUCCUUGUUCUACACCGUACAUCCCAAGCCGUGCACCACCUGCACCACCUGUUUUCUUCUGCCAGUGUCAAGGUCGGGAUCGCGUGUAAUCGACUUGCAUCUUCCGGGAGUCAGGUGAGCUCACAAAAAGCGUGCAAAUAUGUCACUCUUCUCCGGAAAUGCCUUCAGUAACACGAACGCCCAGCAACAGCCUGGGCAAACAACGAGUAACACAAAUGCCCAGCAGCAGCCGGGGCAGACAACUGGUGCCCAAAUCCCAAGCAUAUUCGGCACUGCAACCCCCCAGCAGCAGCCUGGGCAGGCAACGGGCGGCAGUAUAUUCGGUAAUGCCUCCAACCAGCCAUCUACGUCCGGCACAACCCUCUUCGGAACACCUAGUACGGCGACGAGCACUACUGCAGGGGCGGGUGGCGGGGGCUUGUUUGGGAAUACCACGACGCUGCAACAACCUGCAGGGACCAGUGCGACUGGGAAUACCAGCACUCAGCAACAACAGCCACUUGCACCUGGUAGUUUGUUUGGUAAUACCACAACUACCCAGCAGCCCGCCCCAAAUAAUAUAUUUGGGGGUACGAACACGAACACGCAGCCGCAAACGCAACCUGCGGCAACAGGUGUGUUCGGGAACACGUCGAAUCAACCUGCUGGAAACCUGUUUGGGAAUGCAGGUGCCCAGCAGCAACCACCGCAGAGUACCAGUCUCUUCGGAAAUACCACGACCCAGCAGCAGCAGCAGCAACCACAGAGUGGCAGUCUCUUCGGAAAUACUACGACCCAGCAGCCCGCUACUGGUACUAGUGGGCUGUUUGGAACGUCGACGACUCAGCCAACCACUGGCGGAAACCUGUUUGGCGGUGCUACCACCCAAGCACCAGCUUCAGGUGGGAGUACUCAACAACAGCAACCUGCAACCGGUAGUCUGUUUGGUAACACGGCAACUACCCAGCCGCCCGCUACGGGCGGUAUGUUUGGGGGUACAAACACGCAGUCGCAACCUGCGGGAACAAGUCUGUUUGGGAACGCGACCACUCAACCUCAACCUGCUGGAAGCUUGUUUGGGAAUGCAGGCACCCAGCAGCAGCCGCAACCACAGCAGGGUGGUAGUCUCUUCGGAAGUACUACGAUUCAACAGCAGCAGCAACCACAGAGUAGUAAUCUCUUCGGAAAUACUACGACUCAACAGCCCGCAACUGGUACCGGCGGGUUGUUUGGAACGUCGACGACUCAGCCAAAUGCUGGCGGAAACACAUUUGGCGGUACCAGUACGCAAGCGCCAGCGUCAGGGGGACUGUUUGGUAGCACGACCACCCAGGCUCAAGCUCCAGCUACUGGAGGAGGCCUCUUUGGCAGUACGACGGCGAGCUCAAACCCGUUAUUUGGGAAUAAAAAUCCAGCGAAUAUCUUUGGUACUGCGCCGACCACCACCUCGACCACCCCAUCCCUAUUUGGUCAAUCCGUGCAACCUAUCGCUACCCCUUCGCUAUUCAGCCAGUCCCAGCAGCAGAAACCAGCAGGCUCCCUGUUUGGCUCGACGAACCAACCUGCACAGAGCACUACCACUGGAGCGCUUUUUGGCAGUACGCUAGGUUUACCAGCAGCCAACUCCCUUCUCGCAUCACGAAGCACUGCACCUGCACAACAACAAGAUCCUCAGUCACAAUAUGCAGCGCUUGAGCAAAAAAUUCAGGCAAUUGUACAAGCCUGGGAUCCAGCUUCGCCAGGAUGUCGCUUUCAGCAUUAUUUCUAUAAUCUCGUUCCGCCAGCACAAGUGAGCGCUUUUGGCAGGCCUGCGAAUGCCACGAACGAGGAACUUUGGCAACGCGCGGUGCGCGAUAACCCUGAUCCCAGUUGCAUGGUGCCUGUUCUGGCAGUCGGUUUUGAUGAUCUACGUCAGCGUGUAGAUGGACAAUCGAGGCAAGCCACGGAGCAGCAGAAAGGUUUGAUGGAGCUGAAGAAACGACUGGAAUCAUUAUCUGCAAAACACAACGACAGCAACGCAUCUCGUUUGCAACGCGCAAAGUCGAUCCAAUCUCAAAUACAACACCGCCUGCUGUGCCUGAUCCAGCACAUGCAUUUGAUGUUACCUACUGUCCGCUCCACGGCCAUACGUCCCGAAGAAGAAGCGCUGCGGGUGGCGCUCGAAGAGAUCGAAGAAGAGAUCAAAAGACCAGGUGGGAUGAGUAAGAUGCGAGGCAAGUUGAAUGAGCUGUGGGCGCUUGUAGGCGCUGUUAACGCCGCCCGCGAAAGAGGCAGAAAAGUGGGACUUGACGGUACUUCUGAAUGGACGGUCGUCGACGAAGAGGGCCUCAAGCAGAUCGCUCAGAUCUUGUCCAAUCAGCAAGCUGGUUUGCAGCACCUGACGAAGGUGUUGCAGCACGAUCUGAGGGAUCUGGAAGUGAUAUAUGGAAAAGAAAGCUGAUCGGGAGCUCCAAGAUUCGUUCGAGGAUGCUGCUUUGAAUUGUGAUGCUGCUGCUUCACAUUAUUUUUGUAAUUGAUACAAUACGAGUCUAGACAAGAGCGUGCGAGUCGGCCACGGCCACACUUUGGUCUGUUUUGUACAUAAGG